AAAGGUGCUCUUGGCUAGGACAAUGUGGUACAGACAAGAGUAGAUAUUUAAGGACUUAAAAGUAUGUGGAGUAGGGCCAUACAUUUGUGGCUAGUCUAACAUGGGAGACGGUGCAUUUGGAUAGUCUUUGCAACAAAAGGUUUUGAAAAACGAGCAAAUAAAUGAAACUCUAUUAGCAUCUAUGUACAAAAACAAUGGUUCAUAAACCUAGCUGUAAAACCUAGAACUAAAUUUUCUAUAAUGAAGCAUAAAAUGCUUGUGACAGAGUUAAGAUUCUAAAGUACCUGUAGUUUUGUAUUUCUACCAGCAGAACAAUUGUUCGUUUGUCCACAUGCACAGGGGAAAAAAAAUCAGCAUUAUUAUGUAUUGCUUAACAACCAAUGAGAAAAUGGAUAAUUAGAUAAGUGUCACCCAGAACCAUCUUCUCAGCAUGAUUCAGAUCUCUCCAGAUGCAGUGAGCUGGGCCCCAGGACGCCCCAGCCACCCUGACACACCACCUAACAUCUAUGAGGGAGGGUUGGGGGCCCAGCAGCAGCAGGGCCCCAGUGCCCAGGGAAGCAAGCCCAAGAACUUCCGAUUGCGACACCUCCGGAGCCUGGCUCUCUACCUGCCAGGCCACAUGCAGCCUGCCGGCCAAUGCGGAAGCCACUGGCUAGGCCGGCUCAUGGCUGGGGGCAGCCUGACACGGCCUGAAGGCUCGCCCUGGCCCCUGGACCUGCCACAGGGGACCCUGGGUCCAGGUAACGGCCAUUGCUCAGCCCUCCUGGAAGCCCGCCUGCCCAGGGACAGCCUGGGAAACACAGCUUCCAGUUCCAGCAUGGACCCAGCCAAGGGUGUCCCCUCCCAGUCUGGUCCCCCCGAGGGCUUGGGACUCAGGCCCAAGAGGUCCUGGAGAGCCUUGGAGGAGACCAUGUGUCCCUUGUGCAAGAGAACCCGCUCUGGGGCCUUGGAGAGGACAUAGGAGGCAAAGGGCCAGGGCUGGGGAACAGUAGGGGAAGGACGGCCGAGGAGGAGGAGGCCAGGGUUACUGAGGAAGGGUUCAGUCCCAGCGGCAGCCCUCCCCACUGAGAUGGCCCCCAGAGUUGCCUAGCACCAGACCUGGGCUAGUCUGGGGAAAGCAUGAGGAGGGAGGGAGGGAGGAAGAAGAUCCAUGAGAGGGACAGAAGAAAUGGAAGCAUGUCAGUGCCCUUGCAGCCUGCCCAAACUCCGGUCAGCCAUUUGUACCUGGGAGGUCAGGCCGAGCAGAGAAUCGGGUUCCUGAGAGGCCAGGGAGUCCUCAGGUCUAAUCUCAGUAAAAGCCAAGGCCUGCA